AUGAGCGAUAUCAAGAAAGACGCGAAUCGAGGCGAAAACAAAAGCAUUCGAAGUGAAGAACGUACCGCGCAUACUGUUGUGACAUACCAUAACGAUAUUACUGCACAAAUCAUGGCAAUGGAAUGUCGUCAGCUCGUAAAGGCAUUCGAUGAUGCUCAUGAGUUUCUGAGCCCGAAAUCUCGCGGUCAAUCUAUUGUCCAAAUUCUAGCUCGAAAGCUCUCAGUUCAAGGCCAAGGACAUGGCGAUGCCACGUUACAUGUAAUCCAACGGGCACUAGAUCUCCUUGUCACAAUUCAUCGCGCCUAUGUUGACUCAAACCUGGAUGUUGGGAUCGAUAAAUCUAAUGGAAAUGGCUGCAGAGAAGACCCUGUUCUUGAAGAUACCAGGCGGCGACGGGCAAUCCAUGGCCUACUUGACCUGAUUUCCCUUGAGGGCAUAUACCCUGCACUAUCCCAGGGAGUUGGAAUACCCCUUCAGCAACGGGUGAUGUCUACCCUGCCCACUGGCGUUGUUGCAAGACAGUCAGAAGCGACUUCCAGAGAUAGGUCGCAUGAUGAACGCCUAUUGCGGUUGAUAAUAGACACUUUAACGCCGAUUGUUUGUCACAAACACUCUGGUAUUCAACCAAUAGUUAUGAGUAGAAUUCUCGGGGACAUAUUGUGUGCCACUGCAGAGCUCGCAUUUCAUCCACAUUCUCUUCCACAGGAACAAACCAGCGCUUAUGCGGAACUAUUUCAAAAGUUGAUUGAAGAAUCUCCCACACCCACGUUGCUAUCAAUUCUCUCAUCGUUUAUCCAAACAAGUUCUGCUCCGUGGUUCAAAAACAUAAUAUCUUCGGAACUAUCACACGUUCCUUUACGGAAAGACGGCGUGUUUCAUACAAUUAUUUUUAUAGCCUCUCAAUUUGAGCCUGCUUUGGGCCAAAGUGCAGAAACUGCGCCUGCUCAAGGUCCUCCAAUCACAGUGCAAGCUAUCAUGCAAAUUUCUCGGCUACUUUCCUCAGUUCCUCAAGAGAUUUCAGCAGACGACUAUUUCUACAAUAUUUCUCCAAAACUACUAGCGCUUUUGGAUGGAGAUGAACCCGAUUUACAGAAAACUGCAUCCUACGUGAUUGGUAGUGGAAUACUCGGAAAACGGGCUCUUGGAGAGCCUGGUGCGAUUGGUUACAAAAUAUUCGUGAAACCUAUCCUCGACUCACUUCAUGGAAAUAUGACAACUGAGGUUGCUGCGUGGCUGAGAAGGUUUUCGUUAGAUGGGUCCGCUCUACCAGCAAGCCCACUAAGUGAUUUGGAGAGCGUAGUUCUCAUAGAUGAACCAAAGCUGCUUCUAUCUCUUACAAGACUGAGCGCAUUAGUUUUAUCACAUCCAAACCCAAGCCUUUUAAAACGAUUAAUUCAACCCGUCUUCCUGCCACUGUGGGCGUUAGGGUGUUAUGCCAAAGAGCAUCGAAAAUCAUCCUGGUAUGGCAAAGUUUCCACGCUCCUGCAGACCUUUUUCUCCAUGUCUACUGGCGUAUCAAAAUACGACAACUUGUCCGAUAAUAUACUGUGGGAUGGAGGAAGAACCUGGACAUUUGGCCCUGGGCAAAACGGGGGCGUUUCAAUUAGAAAACGCACAAAUUCCCCUGCCCAGCAAGUACUCAAUACAAUGCUUCUCAUGAAAAUUUUGGAUGACCGCAUCGAUGGCGUCUUAGAACUGCUAGGCCUGGACCCUCAAUCCGAGGAGCUUGCUGGUGAUAUUUUUCUCCAUGUUAGCCGGAAGUGGCUACUUGGGCAUUCUGGAGAUCAUACCCAGAAAGAACCAGAAUUUCUGCACGGUGGUGAAGAUUUGCAAACUACUUUGCAGAAGUUGACCAGUGCCAAAUUCACGGAGAAGCUCCUGAAUAAGUUCAAAGAUAGUUUGGCACGGCGCCCUGACAGAAUACUGGGAAUCGUUGAGCAGUUGAUACAAAGCGAGGUCUCAUUGAGAACAAAACCAGCCCACGGGAAACUGAAUAAUCCCUCAUUUCAGUCUUUAGGUAAUAUCGUUGAGAAUUCCCAAGGGAUUUCUGACAAUGAUAACCCCGAACAGUCCGAGUCGUUAUCAGCUUCGUUCAGUCUUCUUUCGACCAUUCUCGCUUCCCCCGAUUUUUUCCUGUCAGAAACAUUAUCUCCAGUAAUUCAAAGAAUAAAAGUCCAACUGGACAAUCUACUCCCUAACUUACCCUCCCAUCUUAUACAACCUGCAACCACCGCGUCGAUGCUACUUGAAAUGACCCUCUCAUCUUCAUUAUUCCCAGAGCGGAAGCCCGAGGCAAUUUCCUCGCGGAUCUCCGACCUGGAAAAACAUCGCCAAGCUCUUGAACAUCUCUCGUCCCCCUUUCCUCCGAUACAGGCAGAAGGGCUUACCCUUCUCUCGUGCCUGAUCACCGAAUCGUCUCCAGUCCUUGAUAUACCUGCAACGCUCUCUCUUCUCCUUUCUUUGUUAAGCAACUCGAAUAUCGAAUCUUCCUCAAAUGACGAAUUUGUUUACCUGCAUGUCAUUAAGAUUAUUGGAGUUCUCGCGUCCAAACACCCCCGGACAGUUAUUGGGAGCCUGGCAGAGCGUUAUGCGGAUAGAAGCGAACAACAUAGCCUAGACCAACGAUUGAAAAUCGGGGAGGCGUUGUUGAGGGCUGUCCAGGAGCUAGGAAAUGCCUUAGUCGAGGACACGGCAAGAACACUAGGCGGAACCAUGGUUUCAGUAGCCGGAAGACGUGGCAGGAAACCCUCCGCGAAGCGGGCCAGAGGGGAAAUGGCGAAGAAAUUAACGACGCAACCAACCGAGACGGAGGAUGAUACACUAGAUCGUGAAGCUGCCGACUUAAUGCAACAAAUUGACGAAGCAAUGGAUUCAGAGGUAGAAAAUCCCGCUCUUGAAGCUUAUUCCGCCAAUAUAAUCGAUGCAUGGGCUGCUGGAGCGGCAUCUGACUUAGAACCUGACGAUCUACGUAUCCGGGCAUCGGCCAUGUCAAUUUUAGCAUCAGCCAUCCAGACAAACGUCGCAGGCCUUGGACCGUCCGUUGUAUCCUCAUCUGUUGACCUAGCACUAUCAACUUUGAACUUCGAGCAGGGCCCGGAGAGUGUCAUCCUGCGACGAGCUGCCAUAAUCCUGCUUCUCGACCUCGUCAAAGCGCUCGAUACGGCAAGGGAAAAUGGGAUUAACCUCGGCUUCGGCUUCUCGUAUUCUACUACUACCAAUAAUGAUAAUCAGUCCACUGACUUUAUCAACCCUCAACCACGUUACCCGAACCAGGGAAUCAUUGGGAAUAUACCGGAUAUACUCCGCGUCUUAACAUUCGUGGAAACCAGCGAAACCGACCCCGUCAUCCGUGGACAUAUACGAGUUCUCAUCGAGAGCUUCGAGGCAUGGCUGGAAAAAUCGUUAUUGUGGGGAGUAAGGACUCGUGAGGGCAUAGGCGAGCAACCUAGAUUCGAGUUAGGGGAUCGUUUGGCUGGGUUGGAUAUUCAUCCGCGUGUUGAUGGUGGUGGUGGUAGCCGCCAUCAAUUGUCUGGGCAAGGGCCACGGAUCGAGGAAAUUGAAUAG